AUUUUCUGCAAUAAUGAGUUAAUUUUAAAGACCUACUUCAUCAAGAAAAGGCACGAAUAACCUUCCAGUAUAAUAAGGAGAUAUAGAGGAAUAUAUGUAAAAAUAUAGAAUUAGUUGUUAGAUAAAUAUUAUAUGAUCAUUAAAAGAGUUGUGAGAAAGCAGGUAAGUAUUUGGAAGCAGAUUAAGCUAAAAAGAGGUUGGGAGAAUUAAAGAAAGAGUUAGAUACAAAAAAUAAAGUAGAUGUAAAGGACAGACAUUGUUCAGAGAAAUAAGAGAUUGAGAAAGCUCAUUUGGAAGAAUUUAAUUAAUUUAAUUAGUUUUGGGAUUAAAAGAUGUCUGAAUUUGAUAGUGAAGCUUAGAAGGUGAAAGAAUAAACACUUUAAAGAUAAGAAGAUGAAUUAAGAUAGUUUUCAGAAGAGUUAGAAAAUUCACUUCCAGUUAGGCCAAAGGAUUCUGCUGAACUUUUGGCAUUAAGAAAGACUGAAGAGUAAUUGGCUAGAUAAGAAAAGUAUUAAAUAAUAUUAAUAUAUUAGUUAUUUGGAAGCUCAUGUGAUUCAAUCAAGAAUAUAAGCGUAAGAGAGAGAUGAAUAUGAGAAAUGGACAUCUUGUAGAUAAUAGAAGAUAAGAAAUUUAAUUACACAAUUGAGAUAGAAAUAAAUAAAUGAAUUAAAUGCUUUAACAUAGAGAAUAUUAAGUGGAUAAGAAGAAUAAAGGAAAAUAAGAUCUUAAGAAUUAGAGAAGUAAAAUAAAUAUGAAUUUAAUUUUAGGUUAUUGUAAAAGUAUUAAAAUGUAAGAAAAGAAUUAGAGAGUUAAUAAACUUAAGAAAUAACUAGGUUAGAUAAGACAAGCAAAACCUAAUGUAUGAAAAUAUAAUUUAGAAUUAAUAGCAAUAAUGUAAUAAUCAAGGAUGAAUCAAUCUAGAAUGUAAUCAAAUUAAGUUAAAGACGAGAACCAGUAUAUCAGAUGA